UUUUGUUGGAUGGCCUGAUCACUCCCAUGGUGGAAAGAAGAAAAAAGGCGAAGGUGAAAGUGAACAUAAGGAAGAGGGCGGAGAAAAUCAAAAUAAUAAUAAACAAGGGGGAGAGGAAGCACACCAACACAUGGAGGGUGAACAACAUUCAGAAGGAACGGGGCAACACUCAGAAGGGACAGGACAAUCAGAAAGUGGAGCACAACGAGUAGAAGCAUCAGGUCAUCAAAAUGUAGGAGCUUCUGAAACUGGACAAAAUGGAGCGGGACAUGUAGCAGCUGGACAUGAAGUUUCUCAAAAUGGUGGUAUAUCAGAGGGGAUGUCGGCGGUAGGAAGUUCAGCUUUGGAAAAUACUGGACGAUUGGGUGGAACUAGAAAAAUUAAAUUUAUAUAA